AAGACCGAUGCUACGCUCAUUCUCUCUCUUACCUCAAUGGGUUUCUCCGAUUAGAAACUUUGUGUUUCUACAGAGAUGCAUUCAAUUCACAACAAUUCAGGAAUUGAUUUUACCCGAAGACAAUGAUGAUGAGUCCACAACUUCCCUGCAUUACGCCGCUUCGAUCCCGUGCUUUCGCCUGCUAAGUAAGUGCACGAACAUUGAUUCUCUGAGGAAAGCUCACGGGAUGUUAACGGUAGAUGGACGUAUGGGUGAUAUCUCGUGUGCCACCAAGCUCGUUAGUCUGUACGGUGAAUUUGGGUAUACUAAAGAUGCUCGCUUGGUGUUCGAUCAAAUUCCUGAACCAGAUUUUUAUCUAUGGAAAGUCAUGCUCAGCUGUUAUUACCAGAACAAAGAGAGCCAGGAAGUCAUAAAAUUUUAUGGGUUUAUGAGGAACCACGGUUACGAUAAUAUUGUUUUAUCGAUAGCUUUGAAAGCGUGUACUGAGAUGCAGGAUUUAGAUAAUGGGAAGAAGAUACAUUGCCAGCUCGUCAAGGUGCCAGUUCGUGAUAGCAUUGUGUUGACAGGUCUCCUAGAUAUGUAUGCUAAAUGUGGAGAAAUCAAGAGUUCUUAUAGAGUGUUUGAUUGUAUUCCGUUGAGAAAUGUGGUUUGCUGGACUUCAAUGAUUGCUGGGUAUGUGAAAAACGACUUGCACGAACAAGGGUUGGAUCUGUUUAAUCUGAUGAGGGAAAACUCUGUUUCGGGUAACGAAGUUACAUACGGUACCCUUGUCACGGCUUGCACAAAGCUUGGUGCUUUACAUCAAGGGAAGUGGUUUCAUAGCUGUUUGAUCAAGAGCGGCAUAGAGCUCAGCUCAUGUUUGGUGACAUCUCUGCUAGAUAUGUAUGUCAAGUGUGGUGAUAUAAGCAAUGCACGUCGAGUCUUUAAUGAGCAUUCUCAUGUGGAUCUUGUCAUGUGGACAGCUAUGAUUGUGGGAUACACUCAUAAUGGACGUGCCAAUGAAGCUUUGAGCUUGUUUCAGAAAAUGAAGGGUGUUGGAAUCAAGCCUAAUUGUGUAACCAUUGCAAGCGUCUUGUCUGGUUGUGGUGGGAAUCCUGAACUGGGAAAAUCAGUUCAUGGCCUAUCCAUCAAAGUUGGUCUUCUUUGGGAUACGAAUGUUGCAAAUUCUCUGGUUCACAUGUAUGCCAAGUGCUACCAGAACAGAGAUGCUAGGUAUGUGUUUGAAAUGGAGUCGGAGAAAGAUUUAGUUGCUUGGAAUUCUAUAAUUUCUGGGUUUUCACAGAACGGCUCUGUCUAUGAAGCUUUGUUUCUGUUCCAUCGCAUGAAAUCAGAAUCUGUGACGCCUAAUGGUGUUACAGUUGCUAGUCUCUUCUCGGCUUGUGCUUCCCUCGGGUCUCUAGCCAUAGGUUCCUCGCUUCAUGCUUAUUCCGUGAAGUUGGGUUUCUUGGCAUCAUCCAGUGUUCAUGUUGGUACUGCACUUCUAGACUUUUAUGCCAAAUGCGGGGAUGCCGAAUCUGCUCGUAUCGUUUUCGAUACUAUAGAGGAGAAAAAUACAAUCACAUGGAGUGCUAUGAUCGAAGGCUAUGGAAAGCAAGGGGACACAAAAGGGUCCCUUGAGCUAUUUGAAGAGAUGCUGAAAAAGCAACAAAAGCCGAACGAAUCAACCUUCACAUCUAUUUUAACAGCUUGUAGUCACACAGGGAUGGUUAACGAAGGAAAGAAGUAUUUCAGCUCAAUGUACAAAGAUUAUAACUUAACACCUUCCACAAAACACUACACAUGUAUGAUUGAUAUGCUAGCUCGAUCUGGUGAUCUUGAGCAAGCGUUAGAUGUGAUCGAGAAGAUGCCGAUUCAACCAAACGUGAGAUGUUUCGCAGCAUUUCUCCAUGGAUGUGGAAUGCAUUCAAGAUUUGAUCUUGGGGAGAUUGUGAUUAAGAAGAUGCUCGAUUUGCAUCCUGAUGAUGCCUCUUAUUAUGUCCUUGUAUCUAAUUUGUAUGCAUCGGAUGAAAGGUGGAGUCAUGCUAAUGAAGUGAGAAAUCUGAUGAAGCAAAGAGGCCUGAGCAAGAUCCCAGGCCAUAGCACAAUGGAAACAGAGUUCUCAGCAGUUGGUUAGUUGUCAUAGCUUUUC